AUGUUUUAUAAGUAUGCUUGGGACCCCAAGCUUAUAAUUGGACAGAUAAUAUCAGUACAAUGCUUAUAUUAUGUAUUCUUAGCAGGAUCAUUAUAUAUACUAGACUCUAUAUUCUUGUCUGCACUAUCACUGGAACAGAUAUUCUCAUACCAUGCACUACAUAUACAUAAUCAAGCUGGUUGGGUUGUAACAAUAUCAUUCUUUCUAAAUGCCUUAUUAGGUGCAGUUUGUUUAAAGUAUAUAGUUGAACGAUCAAAGAAAUGCUUGGAUCAUGCUGCAACAGUGACGAUUAUACAUUUGGUGAUGGUCUCGAUAUUCAGUGGAUUCCCUUCGACGGCAUCAUGGUGGAUCAUUCAGAUUAUAUGUAUGAUAGUGAUGGCAAUACUCGGUGAAUACCUUUGUAUGCGAAAGGAAUUGAUGGAUAUACCAUUGGCCCGAGCCAAAGAGUUGGACUCUACGCCCAUACUACUGAGGCCGCCCAUCACCUCCAUUCAAUCAUCGUCAUCCUCACACUCGACGCCUCAAUCCAAUUCACCAUCUCCUCUAUCUGGCAGUAAUCAAUCAGUUCUAAUAUUAGAGGAAUAUGACUCUGAUGGCGAGGAUAAUGUC